CAUUGUCUGAAAAUUUGUUAAGACUCGACAACUACCAGAAAUUCUAAAUAUAACCAAUAAAGGAGAACUUCGCGGAAGAGUAAUAUCAAACAAUUAACUGAUUAUGAAUGGUGUCAAAUACCUUCAAUAGCCACGGUGUUCCAAUAAGUAAGCGGUGUUGUGUCAAGUGGAUUAUUUUAUAGAAAGGAGGUGGUGCUGAAAGAGUUCAGUUCUUACAGUGAUGUUGUGAGGGAAAGACGUUCCGGGGCAAAAAAAAUAAGUUAGACAUCAGACAAGUAUUAUAGUUAACUGUGUAUGGCGUUAAGUGCGUGAAUCAUAGUUGAUAUUCAAAGAAAGCCCGCUCCACGUCAUACCGUCGUGAUGGCUAACGAAGUAAAGUCCAUCGGCUUCUGGCGGGCCGUUGCUGCCGAGUUCGUCGGUAUGUUCUUCUUCAUCUUCAUCUCCUUGGCCUCCAUAUCAGGCUGGAACGCCCCUUACAUCCCCAGCAUGGUCCAGAUCUCCCUUGCCUUUGGUCUUGGACUGGCUACGUCGAUCCACGUCACCGCCCACAUCAGCGGUGGACACCUCAAUCCUGCAGUGUCCUUUGCGUUCUUGAUGCUUCAUCGGAUCACCCCACUGAGGUUCCUCUUCUACUCCUUAGCUCAGAUGAUUGGUGCAAUCGCUGCUGCUGGUAUGGUCAGGGCCAUCACACCUGCCGAUAUCAACAAUGCCCUCGGAGCUACUACACCCGGGACUGAUGUCACGGAAUGGCAAGCCCUCCUCAUGGAACUCGUCAUCACCUAUCAGUUGGUUCUUGUGAUCUUUGCGACCAUUGAUAAGCGUCGUCCUAGUUCUGGAGGAUCGGGUCCACUCGCCAUCGGAAUCGCUGUUCUGGUUGCUCAUCUGUGUGCUAUUCAAUAUUCUGGUGCUAGUAUGAAUCCCGCUCGUAGUCUUGGAUCGGCUGUCGUUGGCGGAGUAUGGACUGCGCAUUGGGUUUACUGGGUUGGACCAAUGGUUGGUGGACUGCUGGGAGCGAUCACGUACGACUACAUCCUCGAUCCCAACGUCAAUGCAAGCCGACUCCGACGAUGCACUACCUGCGAGUACGGCGAUGAGGAGGACUACGCUACCUCCGAUGAGAUGAAUCUUAACUCUAUCCAGACCGCGUCAUCAGAACCGAAAUAGACGACUCGUGCCAAAUAAAUUACCUCGAUGUCACCAUCGAAGACAAUCACCAAUUGCACCAAACCUCCCACCGAUUCAGCUUUAUCCGGUCCGAUGCUUAUCGUUUAGAGUAACAUGAAAUACAUCGGCUUAUAUGCGUGUAUGGCCAUUCUUUAAGCGCGUGUCACAAUAAUAAUAGGAAAUCACAUUUAUGAAAACGGAAUUAUAUAUUGGCAUGAAUUUAAGUUCAUUGACAAAAAAGGAAGGAGAAUGGAAAUAGAUGUUCAGCGUGUUGAAUAUACAUUGGUCAUUGAUUGAGGAACUUCCCUGUAACAAUAGUGUAGGCCUAGAUACAUUCCAUGAUUAAAUAUUUAAGAAAAGGGUACGGGUGGCAUAAACCUUGUUAUUGUAUUACAAUAGUAUGAUAUUGCUAAGAAAUCAUUCAAAAUGUUCCGAUGAUGGCAAACAUGUUUCCGUCAAAAAGGUAAAGUUUUGUGAGAAGGUACCUACAUGUAAUUCAGAGUAAAGAAUGUAUAUAAAAAAGAAUAUUAAUGCUGCGGUCACAUUUCCCCUAACUGUACAUAGCUAGCACAAAAUGUUAAAUAACUGCAGUGCUGUUUUCGACUCGCCGUACGGCCACCGUAGGGGAAAUGUGACUGCGCUAUUAGUAAUAAUUUGAUUUAUGUUUCAAGGAUUCUUGUUGGUAAUAUUUCAUUCAUAAAACUAAACAAGGUACACAUGAUAGCACAGGGAAGCAAUGAAAAAUAUGAAAAAUCUGUAUUGAUUUGAGAAUAUUCUUUCAAUCUUAUUUUUAUAUUAACUAGUCUCUAGUAUUAAAGUACCUUUGAAAUAAUUUUCAGCGGUCUUGGAUGCAUGAAAGUACUAAUAUAUUACUUGAUAAUCAGAUUAUUAACCAUUUAACUUGCUUUGAUAAUUAUAUGCCUAUUUUUUGGUGAGGUUCCUUUGUAUUUUUUCAUAAUGCAUGAAAUCCCCAUCGCUCAUGCUUGAUAAAUUUAUGUAUAAACAAUGUGUUGAUAUCUGUAAAUUAUUCUAUCUAAUUCCACGUCAUUUAUGGCUGAUUAUAUCACUGCAUUACUGUUUAUCUCAUUCAAUUGUAUUGUUUUUGUUCUUCCUUUCUACCUUCGAACUGUAAAUAUAUAUUAUGUAGGAUUGCACUCUGUUAGAAUAGUUGUGAAAAAGUUAAUCAAAUAUCAGUCAAUAAAUUCACCUUAACUUUUACACAACCCUUUUUAAAGAGUGGUUUCCUAUUAUAUGUUCAGUACAUUUAUUAUGUUAAAGGGACAUUAUAGAGGCACACUCACAUUAUACCUGAACGACUUAAGAGAACCAUGAGGUCAUAUAUUUGUAUAUUACCCUCCUCAUGUCUGCGUAAUAAGCAUGAUAAGUAUAUAUUUGAAAUAAAAUUUGAUAAGUUAA